UCGAACUCGCGAACACAACAACACGUCAAACUAAACAGGUAAAGGCACGCCACGGGUUCUAGGCUGACCCGUUUAGGAGCUCAUAAAUAAAUACUCCUUGCUGGAUUACCAUUUCAUAAAUUGGCGCCAACACGAUCAUAUCCUCAACUCACUCCAAACAAACAUUGAUCAAUAGCAACUUGGCUAUGGCAGCAAUCGGAUGGUACGGACCACUAAUAAACCUCUCGGAAGCACCUUCUCACAUCGGCCAUUUCGUUCAACUUCUCGUGCUUGUUCACAGAACCCUUCCUGUUGAGUAUAAAUCUUCAGGAGGCGGUAGAGUAAUCAGGACAGAUGUUCAGGUAGGAGACGAUACACGGCCGUAUUUCGGUGUGUCGAUUUGGAAUAAUAAGCAUAUGGAGUCGGUGUUGAAGGCCGGUAAUGUUGUGUUGUUGCAGAACGUCAAAGUGACACGAUUUGGUGAUGCCGUUGAGGCGAGAACAGUUCAGCAGUCUUCCAUAAAAUGCUUGAUUGACAGUUACGAGUCAAUACGUUCUGAAGGUGUAAACAACUUGAUGAAGGUUCAGCAUAUUGGAAUUGCAUCAAAGGAAAAGCUUAAGAAAGUUAUCACAUGGGUGCUGCGUGUGGAACCUAUUCUUUUUAAGCGUAUAUCACACAACUUUAAGAGGAAUCAAAAUUCAGCAAACUGGAAAUUUCCCGAGGAGAUGCAGCAUAAGGAUUGUUUAUCUCUAGUGGAAGUAUCUAAUCUAAAUGAUUCAUGCAAUGCAUCGUUUUUCGCCUCUGUUGGUGAAAUGUUUCUGCCUAUGCAUCUUCCCGAUAUUGACGAGGAAAGAAUGUUUAUCAGAAGUAGAAUAUGCUCAUCUGCAUAUGGAAACCUUGCUGAAGAUCUCGUAUGUACUGGCUGUCAGUUAUGUGGUGCUCCUUUAAAUUCUGAAUUUGGAUCGAGAAUUGAACAAAAAACUGUUCCUCUCUAUUGUCAAAAAAGUUUAAAUCGUCUUCACGUUGUAGGUCUGAUAUAUAGACCUUUCCUGUUAUAUGUAUGGGAUGACUCGACAUACAUUCCUCUUGUCAUAAAAAACAAGGCUGCGGAAAUCUUGUUUGGAAACAUCAAAGCGGAGAGUGUUCACUCCAGCUACCGAAAGCAAGCACGCGGUCAGUUGAUAAACAAAGGGGCAGAAGCCCAAUGUGGGCGAGGUCUAAACUUCUACACACUUUGGUUAGUUCUACUGAAAUCAUUGCUGCAACCAGGUAAGAAUAGCCCUUUAAAGUUUGAAGUUUGUGUUGAUACGACCAAAAGUUGGGAAAAUGGGAGAUUUGAGAUGGUGUCUCUCUCACUCCCUUUAGUUUUUCAAGAUGUUAAUUAACUAUGUAUAUAUUCUUAAUUACAUUUUUUUUCCAAGAUGUUAAUUAACUAUGUAUAUAUUCUUAAUUACAUUUUUUUCGGUAACG